AUGGCCGUCACUGAGAUGAGGGCCGACGCUCAGGUCCAGGAGCCGCGCUACGACGAAAAGGACCCCCAUGAUGUGGAUCUCAAGUCCGAAGCUGAAGAGGACGAUACCAUUACCGAUCUCUUCACCAGCUUUCCUCCGGUAAAGGGCAUCGAGCAUGAGCCAAACCCGUUGACUGCGCGUGCCGUCAUCGUCGGCAUCGUGCUGGGUUCGCUCGUCAACGCCUCCAACGUGUACUUGGGUCUCAAGACUGGCUUCACCUUUCCCGCGACCAUGUUCGGAGCCAUCUUCGGCUAUGGCUUCAUCCUCAUGUUGACCAAGCUCCUGCCUGGCAUCCCGUACAUCGGCCAGAAGUUCGGACCCCAGGAAAACUCCAUCAUCCAGGCUGCUGCUACCGGCGCCGGUGGCAUGUCCGGUGUCUUCGUGGCUGGUCUCCCCGCCAUGUACAGGUUGGAACUUCUCUCGGACGACCCCAAGAGCGACUUCGGCCGUAUCCUCACCAUCACCUUUGUGUGCGCCUUCUUCGGUCUCUUUGCCGCCGUCCCUCUGCGAAAGUUCUUCAUCAUCAACGUCGCCCGCGAGCUGAACCUCGUCUUCCCCACGCCCACUGCCACGGCCAUGACCAUCCGUUCGAUGCACGCCGUCGGAUCCGGUGCCGCCGAUGCCAUGAAGAAGAUCAAGGCUCUUGGCUACGCCUUCAUCGGGGCGCUCCUCCUCAUCGUCGUGGGCCAGUACGCCGACGGCAUCCUGCACAACUGGUACAUCUUUGUUUGGUUCUUCAUCUGGAGCGGCCACAGCAACAACGCUCUGCUCGAGCCUCACAACUGGGGUUGGUACAUCCAGCUGACCCCUGCCUUCUUCGGUUCCGGCAUCCUGGUCGGCCUCAACGCGGCCGUCUCUUGGUGGGGAGGCACCGUCUUUGCCUGGGGCCUCGCUGGUCCUCUCCUCGUUCACUACGGAGAGUGCAUCGGAAUUCAGCGUGGCGAGCCCGGAACCAAGUGGGAAGGCCUCAUGACCUUCAACAGUCUGGCUGGCACCACUGACCCCGACUACAUCCCGUCUCCCCGAUACUGGUUCCUCUGGCCCGGUGUCAUGGUCCUCAUCGUCUACAGCCUGGUUGAAUUCUUCAUCCACUUCAGAGUCAUCUACGACGGUACCAAGUUCGCCAUCCGAUCCGUGUGCCGCAGCAUCAACAACUCCCUGCAGGCCAAGGGCAAGAGCAUUUCCUUUAUCGAGAAGCAAGCUGCCAAGGCCGAUCAGGACGAUGGUCUUGUCGAGGACUUUGCCCCCCAAGAGGAUCAGGUUCCCAUGUGGGUUUGGCUCGCCGGCUCCGUCGUCUUCCUUGUCGUUGCCUGCAUCGUCGCUGAGCUUCAGUUCCACAUGAACGCCGGCCUCGCCAUUCUCGCCUGUAUCCUUGGUCUUGUCUUUGCCUUCCUCAGUAUCUAUGGCGGCGCUGUCACUGACUGCACUCCUCUCACCGCAUCCGCCAAGGCUUCCCAGCUCGUCUUCGGUGGCAUCACCAAGGGCAUGGAUCCCAAGCCUGCCCAGCGAAUCAACCUGGUCGCCGGAAACAUUGCUUCCGGAACCGCCGAUGUCGCCACCUCCCUGGUCAGCGACUUCCGAGUUGGAUUCCUCCUCAAGACUCCUCCCCACUUGCAAUUCUACGCCCAGGCUAUCGGUACCUUUGUUUCAGUCUUCUUGGCCCCUGGAGUCUUUGUUCUGUUCAUGGCCGCCUACCCCUGUGUCUGGAAGCCCAAUGACGACCCGUUGGCUGUCUGCCAGUUCUCAGCCCCUUCAGUUGCGGCUUGGAAGGCUGUUGCGGAAGCCGUUACCCUUGACAAGAUCCCCAUUCCUGCGUCAUCUGGCUACUUUGCCAUUGCCAUGGGUAUCAUCUGCGCUAUCCAGGCUCUCGCCAAGAACCUCUACCUUGUCGGUCCCCGUGAGAAGUACCGCGACUGGCUCCCCAACUGGAUGUCCAUUGGUGUUGCUUGGGUUAUUGGAGUUGACUCUGGAUAUGCCAACGCAAUUCUGUUUGGAUCCAUUACUGCCUGGUGGUGGAGGAAGUACUUCCACAACAACUUUGAGAUGUACGGAUUUGCUGUGGCUGCUGGUUUGAUCGCUGGUGAGGGUCUUGCCGGUGUGGUGAAUGCGGCUCUUGAGCUUGGAAAGGUCAGCGGCUCAGCUGUUGGGUCUACCAUUGCCCAGCCCGGCGCCUAG